AUGACAUCUUAAGCUUUCAGUUUAAUGUAAGUUUUUUGCUAAUCAAGUGAGGAAAAUAACUCAUUUCCUUAAGUUUUAACAUCUGAAUCAGGCCUAAUAGCUUUUACUUCUCUAAAUUUCAAGAAAGAUAACCAAGUAUUUCUGUUUUUAUCGCUUAAAAAGCUGUCAACCACUACUGAAAUGGCUAUAUAAUGGGCUCAAAGAAUGCUCUAUCAUAUUAGAAAUUUGAUAAUAUUGCAUGUCGGAAUUAAAGAUUUUGAAGAUGAUCUUGACAAAAACUCUUAUGAUAGAUUAAAGAGAUAACUAAAGGUACUAGACUCUAUGGUAAGCUGUAUUUUUGGGAACAGUGAUCCAUACGAACAAGAUAGAGUGCCAAUGAUGAUGAAACCAGAGUUAUUAUACAGCUCUUUGAGCGUUUCUUCUCAUCUAAAGAGAAAUGAAAAAAUAGUAGGAAUGCUGAAAAGUAUCUAGAAAUAAUUCAAAAUUGAACAUAUGGCUCUAUGGAUUGAUGAUAAAAUAUAUUCAUGUACCUAAGGAUGGAAUAAUAUUCAUGAGGCUGAUUUAUCGAUGCUAUUUCUUUACAAAAAAGUAUACUCAGACUCCGUGAUUUUUGAUAUUCCUCUAUAUUUGACUCAUACGAGUCUGCUAGAUGAUAUGUCGCAGAUCGGAAAAAUACCUUAUCGCUACGUAAUUUUUUAAUUAUCCGAACUUUUUAAGUUGACUAUUAUAUCUGAUCCUCUGCUCGAUAUCAAUGAUCUAAAUGAUUUCGUUAGAAGCUACAUUGAUAAGGAUAUGUCUUAGUAAUUGAUCCUAACUCAUAAGGCUGAGUCUCCAAUUGAACUCGAGACUCCCUAGGGCUGUGUCUAUUGGCAAUAUAUCUAGCAUAGAGAGCAUAAUUUAAGGUCCUUUGCUUAUAAAAAUUAAUAUGAAAAAUAUCAGCCAAUAGUCACUACUCUUACUCUAUAAAUGCCAAUAGUUAAAAACCAACUUGAAUAUUAGAAGCAACUUAGUUAGCAUCAGAUCAGUGUUGACUAAGUUAACUCAGAGGGUAUACUCUACCAAUAGUUCAUAUUUGUGGAGGAAAAUAAUAUGCAAUUUUUCAGAUUGAAAGAUAAAAAUGACAACGAACUAUAGAUGCUAUUUGAGAAGGAGUAGAUAGGUAACUUAGUUGUCAAGAAUUUCUACAAGAGAUUAAUAAAUGAAUUUGGAGAUAAUGAUCAACAGACUUAUGAUUAUAUUAUUUAAUGA